UUGGCCGAGAGUGGGGUGGGCAACUUCCACCUUCGCGCACCCUCCCCGCGGAGAAUAAACGGUGCAGCGUUCCAGCACCAACCGUCGCGGCGUUCGAGCGCGAAAACCUCGCGCUCCUCGCGAGGGUCAGAGUCGUCGCUGGGCUCGGUUUGGCUGUGGUGCUUUGGUGGUGCUCUCCGGGUCUGAACGAUGCACGUAAGCCUAAAAUGCAUUCAAAGAAACUUAUAAAUUCUGUGGAGCAUUGUGUGGAUGAUGCGUUGAACGGGCUUGUGGCUUGGAAUGUAGGAAUGCAGCUGGUGGAGGGUUAUCGUAUAGUCGUCAGGUCUGACUUGGACAACAUCAAAGGCAAAGUGGCUGUGUUGUCUGGAGGAGGUUCUGGACAUGAACCAACUCAUGCAGGAUAUGUUGGAGCAGGGAUGUUGUCUGGUUGUAUUGCUGGGGAUGUCUUCACUUCUCCACCAACUGGGAAUAUUUCAGCAGCGAUCCGAGCUAUGGCCAGAGCAGGUGCAGCUGGUGUGUUACUGAUUUUCAAUAACUACACGGGAGACCAACUUAACUUCGGCUUAGCCCUUGAGGAAAUGAAAAUAGAAAGAAUUUCUGUGGAGAUGAUUACUGUAGGAGAUGACUGUGCCUUCACCACGCAAAGGAAAACUGGGAGGAGGGGUUUGUGUGGUGCAAUACUUAUGCUCAAAAUAGCUGGGGCCAUGUCUGAAAUGGGAAUGUCACUGGACGAAAUUGUGCUGAAGCUAAAGUCCACUUUAAGUAAAGUAGGUACAUUGGGAAUCUGUCUAUCACCUUGCAGUGUCCCUGGAUCUAAGCCAACUUUCAAUUUGGAAAUGGAUGAACUGGAACUUGGAAUGGGUAUCCAUGGAGAAAUUGGAAUUGAGCGGAUAAAGAUAAUGUCAGCUGAUGAAAUAAUACAAAAAAUGAUUGAUCAUAUGACAAAUCCCACUAAUGAGUCUCAUCUGCGUAUUCAAGCUGGGGAUCAUAUUGUUCUGAUAGUGAACAAUCUUGGAGGGUUGUCCUGCCUUGAAUUGAACAUUGUGGCCGGUUCUGCAAUUAAAUAUCUGGAGAGUAAACAGGUCUUUAUUGAAAGGGCCUAUGUAGGGUCGUAUACAACGUCAUUGGAAAUGGGAGGAACCUCUUUGUCCAUGAUGCAUGUGGAUCCAGAAUUGUUGAAACUUCUGGACAUGCCUACUUCAGCCCCCGGUUGGGCCAAUGUAUCAAGACGUAAUCUGGUACGGAAAUGUAGGACUCUGAGUGUCCCACACUUGGAACCUGACCAUAGAGAUACCCCUCCUGGAUCAGGCCCUUUUGUGGAUAAGGUACGGUCUAUCCUGGAUAUGGUCUGCACCACUCUGCUUCAGAUGGAAGAGGAAUUGAAUGAACUGGAUCGGGAAGCAGGAGAUGGCGAUUGUGGAAGUACACAUGUAAGGGCAGCUCACGCCAUCAAGAACCUGCUGGCAUCUGAUGCAAUUCCUGGCUAUGGUCAUCAGAUCCUAUUGUGCCUCGGGAGAUUGAUUCGAGAUCAUAUGGGUGGGACUUCAGGUGCGCUGUACAGUAUUGCCUUGAUGGCAGCAGCACCAAAUGUGAAAAAUAACAACAAACCUUCUGCCUGGGCAUUGGCAUUGGAUUCUGCGAUUGGAGCGUUGAAAAGGUAUGGAGGUGCAGAGCCGGGAGACAGAACCAUGCUUGACGCGCUUUGUGCUGCUGCUGAUGAGUUACGCAAGGUGUCAGACGAAGAUGGUAAUGAGCUAAAGGUGCUAGCAGAGGCUGUGCAGAAAGCCAAAGCAGGUUCAGAAGCCACCAAGGAUAUGAUCGCAAAAGCAGGACGGGCAAGUUAUAUCUCUUCAGCUCAGCUCACCCGACCUGACCCUGGUGCUGUGGCCUGUGCUGCCAUUUUGAAGUGUAUCUUAACAGCUCUUGAAGGGUCUAAUCCAGAAGACCAGGCUUGAAUACCUAUCUGGUGAAGUGGUUUUUCUUUGGAGGUAUAUAUUUUCUACUGGGGCUCUUGAGUUCCAAUGUUCACCUAUUACUGGCAAGAAGAUUUGAAGAAGAACCCCGUGGACCCUUCAGCUAUUCAUUUUCAAUAUAUCCACUAUUCCUCAGUUGCCGCCUACCCUCACUAUGCUGCAAAGAUCCUAGCACUCUCUCACCCAUUGGCCAUCACUGAUUCUCACUGUAUCGGCAUACUGAUCAAUGCUCUGUACUCUGUGAACUUUAUAUUGUAUACAUGACAUUUUUCAUCCAUUGAUACCUAACGUAGCCCCAACGCCUAUUGCUGGUCACAGUGAAUUUCAUGCUUAUUCAGAGGCAUACAUUCAUACCUCUCCCAUCCACUCAUUUUGAAGGCUGAUGACUAAUUCAAAACAGAUUUUGUUGUGAUUUGUGAUUUGUUUCAUUGAGCAUUUAAGUACUUAACAUAGAUAGUUGAUUGUGGGAUAAUUAGUUUAACUUCAGUUGGUCUUUAUUCACUGUAGACUUCCUUUAAAGAUAAACAGCUAAAAUGAUUAAAGAUGAAUGAUCAUUAAAUAAAAGCUGCAAUGGGAAGCAAAAGAUAGGAGAAAUUAGUAAAUGUAGUGUGGACAUAUUUUGAAAUGUAUACCAGAACACAGUACUGUAGAGAUGUUGUAACCACAGAUCCACUGUGUUCAUUAUCAACACGUGACUCAUAUUCAAUAAAGAUUUAUAUGAACAG